AUCGCCCCCGCGGGCAGGAGUGGCCAGUAAAGAAGGGAAACUCGUCUCCAAACUCCCCUCCUCCGAGGUACUAUCGGCUGCACCGGGCUCCGGCGCCGGCUCCGAUCCUUGUCCGCCCAGGGCAAGAGGAGAAAGUUUCCCGUCCAGAGGCUCGGCGGGGGCGAGCGGCGGCCGCUGCCGCAGUGUAUGCGCUGAGGCGAGCGGCGGGCGCGCUCGGAGAGGCGCUGCGCGGUGCCUGGGCUGCUUCCUUCAGUGCUAUGUGAGAGACUCGGGGAAAGCGUCGCUUGCCGAAGGCUUUAGUUGCUACAUGCAUCCAAUAAUAAUCUUCUCCAAAAUGGAUUUUAGUCAGAGCAAUUUGUUUGGAUACAUAGAAGACCUGCAGGAACUAACUAUUAUAGAGAGGCCAGUUCGAAGGAGCCUGAAGACACCAGAAGAAAUAGAAAGAUUGACAGUUGAUGAAGAACUCAGUGAUAUUGAAAGGGCUGUUUAUCUACUCAGUUCUGGCCAGGAUAUCCAAGGAACAAGUGUGGUGGCAAAUCUUCCAGUCCUGAUGCGACAAAAUCCUGCAGAAACACUUCGUCGGGUCUUACCAAAAAUCAGAGAGGUGCUGCAUGUUGCAGGAGUGGAAAUGCAGUUAACAGCUGCUGUUUCAUUUUUGACUGUUCUGCAAGAGGAGUUGAUGUCCAUUCAUACGUAUUCCCACUCCUUCCUACACAUCAUUCUCCAAAACCUGGAACACAGAGAUGCAGGUGUCAGCAAUGCAUGGCUAGAAACUCUUCUUGCUGUAAUAGAAGCUUUACCAAAAGAGACUGUCAGACAUGAGAUCCUGAAUCCACUUGUUUCCAAAGCACAGCUUUCUCAAACACUUCAGUCCCGCUUACUUAGUUGUAAAAUCAUGGGAAAAUUAGCUAACAAAUUUGAAGCUCGUAUUAUUAAAAGAGACAUUCUUCCAUUGGUAAAAUCACUGUGCCAGGACGCGGAAUAUGAAGUUAGAACUUGCAUGUGUCGGCAACUGGAACAUAUAGCUCAAGGAAUAGGGGCAGAACUAACAAAAACUGUUGUGCUUCCUGAGUUAGUAGAACUGGCAAGAGAUGAGGGCAGCAGUGUACGCCUUGCAGCUUUUGAGACCUUAGUGAAUCUGCUUGAUAUGUUUGAUGCAGAUGACAGGAGUCAAACUGUGCUUCCUUUAGUGAAAUCAUUCUGUGAAAAAGCCUUCAAAGCAGAUGAAGCUAUCCUAGUUUCUUUAUCUUUCCAUUUAGGGAAACUGUGUAAUGGAUUAUAUGGCAUUUUUACUCCUGAACAACACUUACGUUUUUUUGAAUUUUAUAAGAAGCUUUCCACACUGGGUUUACAGCAAGAAAAUGGACAAAAUGAUAAUCAAGUACAAGUUCAAACUCUGGAACAAGAAAAUAAGUAUAUUUUGGUCAGGAAGAACUGUGCUUACAAUUUUCCUGCCAUGAUUGUUUUUGUGGACCCAAAGAAUUUCCAUUUAGAACUGUAUUCUAUAUUCUUCUGUCUUUGUCAUGACCCUGAAGUUCCUGUCAGAUAUACUAUGGCCUUAAGCUUCUAUGAAGUGGCUAAGCUUUUAAAUUCUGGUGUGUAUACAAUACAUAAAGAACUGGUUACACUAUUGCAGGAUGAGUCACUGGAGGUGCUAGAUGCCCUGAUAGGUAACCUCCCUGAAAUCCUUGAACUAAUGACUAAUGGAGGAGAAAGCUGUGGAUCAGAGAACAAGUUAUUGUCGAUUCCUGACUUGAUUACGGCAUUAACAACAGCAGAACAAAGAGCAGCAACUUCUUUAAAAUGGAGAACUCAUGAGAAGUUACUGCAAAAAUAUGCAUGUCUCCCUCAUAUCAUAUCAAGUGAUCAGAUUUAUUACCGCUUUCUUCACAGAAUGUUGACAAUCAUUUUGACAAAUAAUGUCCUACCAGUCCAAAAAGCAGCUGCUCGAACUCUCUGCGUUUAUUUGCGUUAUAAUCCCAAACAAGAACAGAGGCAUGAGGUUAUCCAGAAACUGAUUGAACAACUGGGCCAAGGAAAAAGUUAUUGGAACAGACUUCGGUUUUUAGAUACAUGUGAAUUCAUUAUGGAACUGUUUUCAAAAUCAUUCUUCUGUAAAUACUUCUUUCUACCUGUUCUUGAACUUACACAUGAUCCAGUGGCAAAUGUGAGAAUGAAGUUAUGCUAUUUGUUGCCAAAAGUUAAAUCUACUCUGAGGAUACCCACUGAUAAACAUUUACUUCAGCAGUUAGAGUUAUGUAUAAGGAAACUUUUGUGUCAAGAGAAAGACAAAGAUGUCCUGACUAUUGUAAAAAGAACGGUGUUAGAAUUGGACAGAAUGGAGAUCUCUGUAGAUGCUUUUCUGAAAAGAUUUUACGAAAAUGAUUUAUUGGAUCAAGAAAAAGAGAGACAAGAAUAUCUCCUUUUGGAAAUGGAACAAUUAGAAAAAGAGAAGCAGCAAAAUGAAGGAAGAUCUACAAAUAUUAAUAACAAAAUAUCUGAAAAGAAACGCAGAGACAGUAAAACUUCAUCAGUGUUGGCAAAAAGGAUCACGCUCUCUGUUCCUGGAAGCUCUUCUGCUGCAUCAGCAGGCAAAGAAGACAAAAAAUCCAAGUUGGUUCGAAGCCAGUCUUUCAGUACUCAAGCACUACAUCCAAAAUACAACACCUUAGACAAGUGUCCUAAUAUAAGCUCUGCUACAGGAUAUACGUGUUCAGUAUCCGGAAUGGGAAAGAAUUGUAUGUUAUCCUUUACUGAUGAUUCAUUCCGGACUCAUUCUGGUGGUAACAGUGGGAAUACUGCCUUCCCUUCCAGUUCUUCUUGCAAUUUAUAUAACUCAGCUGACCAGAAGAGCAGUGGAAAUAAGGAGAUUCAGACCCGAAAGGUGAACCUACUAUUAUGGGUUAAGAUGGAGACUUCUGGCAUUAUUUGUAGCAGCCAGUAGACUUCUUGGACUACCUUAACAUCUCACUUAGAGUGACCUCUACACAACCUUCUGUACAAAGCUUAAUGGAGAAAAAUACCCCCUUCUUGUGAAGAAGGCCCUCAGAAUGUGUCCAUUUGGCUUCUUCAGUGGGUACAUUAGAGCAGCUAGUAAUUUUUAAAGUACAGCAGCUAAGAGUUGUGUUAAAAUGUUACACACAAUAGCAGUUUAUGUUAUUUAAAAACAUAGCAAAAACAUGUUAUGUGUGUUUCUUCUUUUGUAUGAAGAAAAUCCAGAAAAUCAAACUCUUAAGAUCUUCUGAUGGAAAAAAAGGGAACCAGAAAGUGGUAGAAGCAGCAUUCUGGUGCGAUAAGGUGGGAGCAGCAGAAGGACUCUCUAAUGCCUGGAAUGAAUAAAAUGCAUCCUGCAAUGUUCAAACUUACAGUCUUUUAAAUAAAAUCCCAAGAUGUAAAAUAGGUUCCAAUAAAUAGUGUAACAGUUGCAGAAUGCUAAUGUUGUAGUGAAAUGUUAUGAAAUAUAACUUCAGUUAUGUACUCUUAAUCUGCUGCAGCUAAAGAGAGGAUUUUGUUUUCUUCAAUUAUGCCUUUGUAGUUCAAAUUCUUGGAUUUAGAAUACACAUGUUCAUUACUUAAUUGGCUAAUUUACAAUUUCAGCAAUUCUUAGCACCCUUGUUUUAUGCAAGGAAUAGAAGGAAAUGUAAUGAAUAUGCAAAAGUAAUCCCACAUUUUAAGGAAUAUUCAAACUUAAUUUAAGACCAAAGUCCAGAACAGUUGAUCAGUCUGUAUCAUAAACUUUAGUAGCAUUGUGCUGUGAAUUUGGAGGUAAUGUUUUUACAAGUACUAAGUAAAGUUCAUAAAAAUACUGUGUGUUUCAAAGCAAUCUAAAAGCAGAUGUCUUCAGAUGAUAUAAAAAACCUUUUAUUUCAUAAGUUUUGUUGUAUAAAUACCUGUUUUACUUUUUAGUAUUUCAGAUUGUAUUUUCACUUGAAUAAUUUAUAAUGCUGGAGCUAGUUUUUAAUCAGCUGCUAUUGCAAGAUAUCAUACUUCAGUGAUGUCAUCUGCAUUUGUUUGUAUUAAUGCUAAUGUUUCUAUCAAAAUUUGCCUGUGGGAAAACAUGCAAUUCUGUUUUAAAGAGUUCUACUUAUGCCAAUACUAAAGAGAAAGCUUAUGAAGCUAUUGUCAGCUUCUCUAUUUCAGAAUGGAAGAAGCAUAAACAUAUUGAUAUCAGAAAUACGUGGUUUUUAAAAUUUAUUGGUGUAUGAUAAAGGUGAUCUGAUCUGUGAACGCAUAUGCGUGUGUGAUUACUUUUUAUAAUGUAAAAAUAUGAAUGAUGAUUUACUCAAAAUAAAAUGUAGGACAAUGAUGUACAUGCAUGUUCUUGAAAAAAAAAAAGCACUCUCAGGGCAUCUUUUAUAAUUAAAAUAAAUAAAAUCAUUCACC